AUGGCGCAAUCUAUUUCAAUAUUUGAGUGUAAGAAGGAAGGAGCCCGGGAAGAAUGGUAUAGCGAUUUCGCCAAGCGAGCUCAAACUGAGUACGUGGGUCAUCCUGUUGAUUGGCUGCGGACUUUAUCCACGAGGAUCAGUGUGCAAUAUAUGGUAUUCGAAAUGGAAGAUCCUUGGGUAACUGCAGACAAGAUGGAAAAAGACCGGGUGGCUGCAGAACAGUUGGAAGAGGAGAGGCCAGAAGCCGUUGUCCCACCGUCUAUCUUUGAUGUACCCUGGGCUAUAGGCCGUUAA